CGUCCCCUCCCCUCAGCGGCGGCGGUGGAGCCGCCGGGCUCCCUCGCUCCUCUUCACAUGGGGCUCGCCCUGCCGAAGGGACAGCGCUGCCGCCUCCCCUCCAGCCGCUGAGAGAGGGGCUCCGCGCCGCCGGCAGGCAGAAAAGGAAUGAAGAAAAUGAGCAACAUCUAUGAAUCAGCAGCCAAUACCCUGGGAAUUUUUAACAGCCCAUGCCUGACUAAAGUGGAGCUGCGAGUUGCAUGCAAAGGCAUAUCAGACAGGGAUGCCCUCUCAAAACCAGAUCCUUGUGUCAUCCUUAAAAUGCAGUCACAUGGCCAGUGGUUUGAGGUUGACAGGACGGAAGUGAUUCGAACCUGCAUAAAUCCCAUCUUCUCCAAGCUGUUUACAGUGGACUUCUAUUUUGAAGAAGUGCAGCGGUUGCGGUUUGAAGUCCAUGACAUUAGCAGUAAUCACAAUGGGCUGAAGGAAGCUGAUUUUCUUGGCGGCAUGGAGUGCACUCUUGGACAAAUUGUGUCUCAGAGGAAACUCUCCAAGUCUUUACUCAAACAUGGGAACACAGCAGGAAAGUCAUCUAUAACAGUGAUUGCUGAGGAAUUGUCUGGUAAUGAUGACUACGUUGAACUUUCAUUCAGUGCACGGAAAUUGGAUGACAAGGAUUUUUUCAGCAAAUCUGAUCCUUUCCUGGAGAUUUUCCGGAUGAAUGAUGAUGCAACCCAACAACUUGUUCACAGGACUGAGGUUGUGAUGAAUAACUUAAACCCAGCCUGGAAGACCUUUAAAGUGUCUGUGAAUUCUCUGUGCAGUGGAGACCAGGACCGCAGGCUAAAGUGCAUAGUUUGGGACUGGGAUUCCAACGGAAAACAUGACUUCAUUGGAGAAUUUAGCUCAACUUUCAAGGAAAUGCGAGGGGCUAUGGAAGGAAGACAGGUGCAAUGGGAAUGCAUUAACCCCAAGUACAGAGCAAAGAAGAAGAAUUACAAGAACUCAGGCAUUGUCAUCCUUAACCAGUGCAAGAUCCACAAGAUGCAUUCUUUCUUAGAUUAUAUCAUGGGAGGCUGCCAAAUACAGUUUACAGUAGCUAUAGAUUUCACUGCAUCUAAUGGUGAUCCUAGGAACAGCUGCUCACUGCACUACAUCCAUCCCUAUCAACCAAAUGAGUACUUGAAAGCACUGGUAGCUGUUGGGGAGAUUUGCCAAGACUAUGACAGUGACAAAAUGUUCCCAGCCUUUGGAUUUGGAGCAAGGAUACCCCCGGAAUACAAAGUCUCUCAUGAUUUCGCAAUCAAUUUCAAUGAAGACAACCCAGAAUGUGCAGGAAUACAGGGUGUGGUGGAGGCUUAUCAGAGCUGCCUUCCCAAGCUGCAGCUCUAUGGGCCCACAAACAUUGCUCCCAUCAUCCAGAAGGUGGCAAAAUCAGCAUCUGAGGAGACCAACACCAAGGAGGCCUCGCAAUAUUUCAUCUUGCUAAUUCUGACGGAUGGCGUCAUCACAGACAUGGCUGACACCAGAGAGGCCAUUGUCCAUGCCUCUCACCUUCCUAUGUCAGUCAUCAUCGUCGGGGUGGGCAACGCCGAUUUUAGUGACAUGCAGAUGCUGGAUGGUGAUGACGGGAUCCUGAGGUCUCCCAAGGGCGAGCCUGUGCUUCGAGACAUCGUCCAGUUUGUGCCAUUUAGGAACUUCAAACAUGCAUCCCCAGCUGCUCUAGCAAAAAGCGUUUUGGCUGAAGUUCCCAACCAAGUCGUGGACUAUUACAAUGGCAAAGGGAUAAAACCAAAAUGUGUGUCAGAGUACGAGUCUUCCAGGACAUUAGCUCCAUGAACCUGCCUGCACUCUUUUACAAAAUUAAAAAAGAAAAAUGCUACUGUCUACAACUACUGUACUUAAAAAUGAAACAAAAAAUAGCACGUUUUGGUGAUUUUUAACUAAAAUAACCAUUUUUUUUGCAUGUGUAGCCUAAAGGCUUAAAUCUAUUACACGGUUGUAUUGUUGAAAACUUUUUAUGAGAAAAAAACAUCCAGAAAAAAAAAAAGUGAACUCUUUACAGCAUGUCGCCUUGAAACAAAAAAGUUAUCGGUAUCUGUUUUUUAUACAGGUUUGUUGAAAUUUUGCUAAAUUUCUUAUCUUUACACUGUAAAGCAUUUUGAAAUAUUUAUUGAGAGUCGAUAGCCAAAAUGUCUUUGGUUUAAUCUGCUAUGAAUCUGAGAGAUUUUUGAAAAUGGCAGAUGCAUGAACUGUAUUUUGCAUGUUUAAAAUAAAAACAACACAGUUUUGCAGUCGUUGUCUUUAUUUCUUUCUCUGACACAAGGAUGCCUGCUUUCAACUUCCACAUUCCAAAAAAAAAGGGUAAUAAAUUGUUUCAAGAGAUACCUGGCCUGAAGCAUGGGCAUGUUCUAUUGUUAGCAGCUUAUAACGUGGGCACCUAAACAUGCCUACUCAGUCUAUGGCCUGACUAGCAAUUUUCCAAAAGCCUGACACAUCCAGCUGUUACGAAGGUUCAGAUCAUAGCUGUAAACAGAUCUGGCUUGGAGAGCAUGAUCCAUCAGGAUUGCGUAUCUUAAAAUAUGCCUGCUUCAUCCAAAUGAUCUGGCUGGCUUUCAAAUGGGUUGAAAUAAUUAUAAUCUUUUAUAUUUGGGAAUUCUUAUUUUGUUUCAGUUGUAUUUUUUAGUAUUAUACCAAGUAUCCAACUUUGCGUGACGCAUUUUCAAAAGAAAUUUUGCAUGGCCUGGUUUGGUGGCAACCAGUGAUUUGUAAGUCUGUGCGCACACAGAUCACUUAUGUGUGAUGGAAAAACUGGGUUUGUACCAAAAGAAUAUUCAAGCCACCUUUUCUUUUUUAAAACAGACAACACGCAAGAACAGAA